AUGCCACCCCGCGAACGCCUCGUCCGCAAGGCGCCGCUCAUGGAGCGUGUCAAGGCCUACCUCGACGUCCACGACUGGCUACUGUGGAUUUACGAAGAGCUGAACACAAAUGACUGGGAAGACUUCGCCAAAGACUACGCAUUCAUCAUUGGCUUCGUCUUCAACUUGGUCUAUAUCAUUGCGCAGGCCAACACAGCUAGCGGUCCCCGCAACGACGACAUACUACUAGGCUCAAACAAUGGUCCAGGUUGGUUUACAUGGUUCUCUAAGCUCGCUGUGACGACUCUUUCGAUCAUCGCCGUCUUCAACAGCUUCGUCACCUUCUACAAGAAGCGGCACUACCGCCUGUUCGAGCAGCCUAUCGAGACCGCUCCGUCUACGCCAUCUGCGCACAGAGUGCGAGUAGAUUCUUCGCCCGCCGCCGUAACACCACUGCGAUAUUUCCAGACCCUCCUGAGUCCUGGUUCCGCAGACUCGCGCGCUCACCCAGACGCUGGCAGAGAUGUAUGGGAAAUUUCUGUCUGGGACCCGAACCCGUUUUGUCUGGAUAUGUUUUGUCUCUUCAGUCCGCUACAUGUCGCCAUCUACUGGUUGAACCUCCCGGUGCCACCCAUGGACCAGCAACCGAGCAUCAGGGUCGUCACCACCAUCGCCAUCGGCGCUUUCCUUUCCCUUUCACUGUGGCUCAUACGUUCCUCCUUUGCGAGCCAGAUCCGCGACAACGCCGUCAUUCAGCGCGAAGUCCUCCACGAGUACGACAACAAGUUCGUACACCCAUCGACACAAAAAUUAUACCGCGACGUCGGCAUCCAAGCUAUCUCGAAGAACCGGUCUCGAGACUCCAGCGUAGGCGUCCGCGGCAGCAGCGAUGACCUCGCAUCCCAAAUCACCACAUACACCCCGACCACCAUCAUUAAUCGUACCUUCCGGACGAAUCCAAACCCUGCAUACGCCUCGCAAUACGACCCUGAUAAUCUCCGCUCGGCAACCCAGACACCGUCCGGUAGACUGUACUCGAACUCGAACGCAAACUACUCCACAACUUCCACCGCAACCGGUGCAGAUUUCUCCUCGCCCAUACGCCCCUCCCACACACCCAACCCUUUCCGCCAGUCGCAAGCACAGCCUCAAUACCGGCCCUCAGCCACCGGCAGCGAUGGAGGCAGCCUCGGUGUCUUUUCGCACGCGAACUCGCCGCUGCGUAAGUCGGCUUCUACAAACUUCGUGCGUGAUCGCGAGGAUCGAGGGCGGGAAAGUCUUGGUGGUCAUGGUGUUGAACGAAGAACGGGGACGCCUGUGCGGAGAGAGGGCAGCCCGUUGAAGAGGAUCAGUAUGCCUGGUGCGGGGUUGAAGGCGUCGGGCAGUGAUGGCACAAUUAGUGCGGCGGAUAGAUUUGCGAGGUGGAAUGGGGGUGCGGGGAACAUGAGGAGGGAGAGUGGACGGUUCUAG